CCAGUGGUCCCUAUGCCUAAGGGGAGGCAAGUGGCAGCAAGCGUCAGCACCAAGAGUGAAGCGGUUGGUGGCGGUGAUCACGGAAAGCAAAGUGACACCAAGAGUGACUCAAAGGAAUGCAAUCUUGGAGAGACCAGCAAGGCGUGUGAACCCAAGGAGAAUGGUGCAGCAGCCAAAUGUGGUGGAAAUGAGGAGGAGAAGCCUAAGAUCAGCAAAGCAGAAGCGGCAAAGGAGAAAGGAGAGAGCUUGUGGGGCACAAUUGCGAGUGCCGCUUUCUCCAACCCGACUUCCGCUACGGGAGAGUGUGAUUGGCUGACCUUGCAUCGGCGAAUGGGGCAUGUGGCGUUGCCCAUUUUGCAGCAGAUUGUUAAGCAAGAGAUG